AUGGCAGCUGUGAUCGGUGACUACGUCUCUGAUCCCUCUCGUUUCCACACCAUGAUUGCCUCAUCUGGCAUUCCCCAUCAACACUCGCACGAUUCACAUUAUCGAUCCGCCAGUCGGUCAAGAGACGCGCCCGCACAUCACUCUUCCACAAGCCCAAGAUAUCAGCCUUCAGCCAACACUCCACCCACGCGUCAGAAGCGAUCCGACUGGGACUCGGUCGAAAGGCAAGCGCCGCCUAGUGGAGGAGCUUCCCGCUUCCCCUCGCCCCCUUCAUCCUCAUCGCCCAACCGAGCGAGGCCCCAGCAUGCUGAUAGCCCCGCAUACAUGGCAACCGACUCUCGUGACGCCGGCCAUGCUGGUUCUAUGCUGGCCACGGAGAAGGCUGUCCCGGUGCCGAGUCACCAGCAGCAGCAGCAGCCUUCGCCUGCGUCUGAAGGCAACGGCGUGACCGGCGCCCCGAUCUCAUACCCUCUCUCCGACACCGAAUCCCCUCGCCAGCAGCCCCAGGGACAGACGAUCCACGUGCGCGAUCUGGCCCACAUCCAGAGUCUUGCGAAGGCCGAUCUUAUAUCAGGUAACGGACCUGGGAUACUCAACGACCCGCCUCUGCAGGCCAUGAAGUACGAGAUCAGUGCCAUGCCCAUCGGUGACAUCAUCGAGAUGGUUGCUGCCCUCCUCACCAAAAUCACGACUACAAACGACUUGCAGCAUGAUGCCAUGCAGCGCAACGUCGCCCAUCAGCAGCAGGCGAGUCAGAACAACGAGUCGGGGAACGGAUCGCAGAUGAGUCCUCUGAGCACUUCAGUGCUGGCAUUUCACGGCAAGAAUAUCCCCGCCAUCACCAUUCUGAGCUAUCUGUCCCGAAUUCACAAGUACUGCCCGACCACGUACGAGGUCUUUCUGAGUUUGCUGGUUUACUUUGAUCGCAUGACAGAGCGAGUCAACGAAAUGGUGGUCAAGCACGAGGAAGCACGGAGAGUUUCUACAUCGCAACCAACACCUAAAUCGCAGUUGGUCGACGUGGACAUGCGGGAUGACGAUGAGAGCGAUUCGGACCUUGCAGAUGAUGAUGAAAUGGACGACAAGGGUGCGAAGCCGAGUGAGAGUACAGGAAGCAUUGUGCCCCAGCCCACACUUCCGGGCGCGCAGGCAACCUACUUUGUGGUCGACAGCUUCAACAUUCAUCGACUGAUUAUUGCGGGGGUGACGUGCGCGAGCAAGUUUUUCUCCGAUGUCUUCUACACCAACUCUAGAUACGCUAAGGUCGGCGGGCUUCCACUCGCGGAACUUAAUCAUCUCGAACUGCAGUUUCUCCUGUUAAAUGACUUCCGGCUCGCAGUCCCCGUUGAGGACCUCGAAGCAUACGGCACUAUGCUGGUGGAGUUUUACGCACGGGAAGUUGUGGCGCAGCGAUCGCGUCCUGCUGUCGCCGGGGAUUCCUGA